GCAUCAAGGAGCUUUCGCUGUCACACCCCUUUUUUCUGUCAGCACCGCAGACCUCAGGCGAGUCAGGCUCACAAGUUGGGCUCAGCAGCAUAGACGCGUACGUAGGCGGACAGAAACUGGCUCUAACAUUUCUACCAUUUUACACCAGGACGACUGGAUGUGACGCGGCGGUACUGACCGACAAAAAGCCGACCGCCUGAGGUGGGCUGAGCGCAGCGAUGUCCAGGUCAACAAGAUCCAGGUCAAGAUCUCGGAGCCGUUCGAGGUCCCAAUCAAGGUCCCGUUCCUCAUCGCGGUCCAGGAGUCGUUCCCGGUCCAGGAAGCACCGGUACAGCUCUAGGUCUCGUUCAAGGUCUCAUUCUCCUUUCUCUAACCGGGAAAAGAAAUAUCCGAGGGCAUACCAGAACAACCGGGAGUUCAGGGGGUAUCACCGCGGCUUCCGGAGGCCCUACAACUUCAGGGGCCGAGGAAGGGGUUUCUUUAACCGCGGACGCUACCACCGUGGGGGUGGCGGCUACAACAACAACAACAACAACUACUUUCGUCCGAACUGGAAAAAUUUCAAGCAGUUCUCUCAAAAACAGCAGCAGCAGCAUCAACAACAGCAGCAACAACAGCAGUUUAAUCAUUCAAGAGGGCGAUCGCACAAUGUGCAAAAACACUCAGGAAGUCCCCCUAAGGGUCAGUCUAGACACUCUGACCGAUCGUCAUCUCCCUUGUCUAGACACUCGCAGCAUUCUUCCUCCUCUUCACACUCCUCCUCCCCAAAAUGCAAUCAAAACUCUAAAGAUGUCAAGGAGAAGCAACUGGCCUCCAAGGAAGUCCAAAAAGGAGGAGAGGGAGAUGAUGAGCCAGUGGAGCAUGUUGGGUUACUGGCAGGAGAUGCUAGAGAAGGUGCAGGCUGUGGGAACAUUGAGAGGGCCUGGCACAGCCUGACAGACUGCAGCAGUCCAAAGAAAAGCAGUCCCCUAGCCAGCACUGGUGUUAAUGUUGGGCAGAUCAACCAAACUAUAAAUCAGUCAAGUCCCACCAAAAUCACAAAUGACACCAGGAAUGGCUCCCCCAUGGUGGAGGUGGCAUCAGGUUUCUCCUCAACAAGAAAGGCCUCAAAUGAAGGUCUAAAUCCCAUGCUUUCCAGCUUUGACUUCUUCUCUACUGAGGAAUACUUGGAUGGAGAUAAAGCGGCUAUCUCCAUUGCUUUCAAGAAGUUCUUGGAGGAGCACACUAAAAAAGCUAAAUCUGCUUGGGAAAAUGGCAGGAUCAGAGAAGCCGAUGAUGUAGAUAAUGAAAAAGGAAAACUGAGUGGGAAAGCCUCAGCAGUCAUCUAUGACAUGUUACCAAAACAAUGCAGGGAAGACAAUGAGUGUGAAGUGUCCCGAAGAAAAUGUUUCAAAGCCUCUCCCUUUUUGUCUGCUGAGGAAGAUGAUGAGUUGAUAAUUAGGCCACCUUUACAAAGGCCACUUCAGAAAGAGUGGCAAAAUGGAGAUGAGGCCUCUAAACCAAAAAACAAGGUCACUCAUUCAGCCCAAAAACUCUUUGAAAAGUGGCAGAAAGCAGCUUGUGCACAGUUUGGGCAAGCAGACCUUGAUGCCAUGGUAAGGGAAAUGUAUCUCAGUGGAAAACAGGAUAAAUCAGAAGCCACUACCACUGCUGAUCUUGAUAAAAGAGAGCUAACAGGAGAUUUCAAGGACCUCUCCUCAGAAAUGACCUUUAAAAUAAGGAAGACGGCACAAACUCCCUCUUUUCAGUGUUCUGAACCACCACUGAGGCAAAAUUCUGCCAGAGAGUUGUUUAUGGUUAGAGGAGAGGAUAAGCCUCUUAUGCCCUCAAGGAAACAGCAACCAAAGUGUAAUGUAAGAAUGGAUUUUCUAGGAGAUGACCCCAUAAGCUCUUCAGAUAUUUUAGCUGAAGAGCGGCAGUUGUCUCAGGACUUGGUGCUGUCAUCGAAAAAGCAUCAGGAGUUUCGCUCCAUCUUUCAACAUGUUCAGGCUGCUCAGUCACAGAGGAGCCCAUCUGAGCUGUUUGCUCAGCACAUUGUUGCCAUUGUUCACCACAUCAAGGCCCAGCACUUUCCAUCUUCUGGCAUGACUCUUAACGAGCGAUUCACCUUGUACCAAAGGCAAGCAGCCGAGAAGGAAAUGAAGCCGAGAAAAAGCCCAGAGAUACACAGGCGGAUUGAUGUUUCACCAAGUGCUUUUAAGAAGCACCCUCAGCUUUUUGAGGCGAUGAAAAGCUCAGAGGAUGGGACUUACAAGGAUGGUGGAGAAAAAGUAAAAGGUGACCCAAUGGACCUUCGUUUGGACAUAGAGCGUCGUAAAAAAUAUUCCAUGAAAGAAAGAGUUACAGGAGAUUCCCAAGAUUUCGGUCAGGAGAGAUCUGAGGAAAAUUUCUCAAAAUACCGCAAGAUGUCAAAGAAAAGUGUCAGGAAACGUUCACGUUCCAGCUCAUCCUCUUCUUCCUCAUCCUCCAAGUCUCACAAAGAUGAAGGUUUAGUGCAUGGGAUUUUUGAGGCAAAAGAUGAAAUCUUUAGUAGGGCCCAACUUGGAAAGAAGGAACCACCCGCAACAAUGGGAGGAGCACAGAAACAAGACGAAUUUCUCCAAAAAAUGCAAAUCCAAAGGAGGAGCUGGGACAAAAGCAGCCAUCAGGGAAACAGCUCGCACACUGACCAGGUGAACAUGGCAGUAAAGGAGAAAAUUGAAGACUGGAACCCAACAUUCAGUCCCAUGAGCAAAACAUACUUCUUGCAUGAUGACAGAGACAAUGAAGCUAUGUGGAGAGAAAACCAAGGGCAAGGUCGGGAAACCCUUCCUCCUGGAAGGACACGAUUCAUCAUCCGCAAAGCCACUGGCCAUGCCAUCAGCUCCAAAUGGGCAUUUGAUAAGGAGGCAGAUCAGGACCACAAAGUGAAAGAAAUCAAUGGACAGACCACUUGAACAAUGGAGAAAUCAGUAGAGUAAUAAUCAGCUGUAUCUCAAAUCCAUGCUUUCAUCAACCAGAAUGGAUCGGUUGAUGCUGAUUAUAUUUUAACAGAGCAGGAUACCUUCCUUUCACUUUACAUAUUCGUCAUCUCCUAUAUCAGGUUACACAUUGUGACCAUUAGCAGCACUGUUUAAGGGCGUUUUGUUUUUAUAAAUGUUACAUUUUACCUUCCAUUUGUUUGAGAUUUUUCAUGCAGUGUUUUUGCAACAUUUUGUUUCUCAUUUAGGCCAAGAGAAUGUAUCUUAAUUGCUUUUUAAUUGCCUUCGCUGUUUAAUCAAACAAGUCUUUGUGAAAGCAAAAGUACGUUUUCUAGGAGAAAAUAUUGCACUGCUAGUAGAUUAAAUGUAGGAUAUCCCUUCUGUGAAUAUCCGAAGUGGUGUCUCAUCUAGAUCAUAAUCACUGCAGUAAGUACAAUCUACUUUCAUCAUUUAAAAAUAAACUAAUAUAGAAACAACCAAAUAAAUGAACAUGUGACCCUGAUCUGACAAUGGGACCAAACUGUGGAGGGUUAAAGCUUAAACAGCGCUGUAAUUUUACAACAUCCAACCAGUUUACACCAGCACUGUCUUGGAGUACUGCGCAUGGAUGAAUAUAUGCAGUCAGAUAUUUCUUUACAGUUGGUUUUGGUUGAUCUUAAACACUAUAGAUUUUUAAUAUAGAGAUUACUUUUAGAUGUUUUGACUGGGAAAACUGGCUUUUCAGUGUGAUGGCAAUAGAGAAUUGUUUACUUUAGUCUUCAAUAUAUUUCUAUGAUUUGCAAAUGUUUACUCAUCUUAUAAUACCCAUAUUUGUAAAUUGUGGAAACUUUGCUUACUCAACAAUAAAAAAAAAAGCAGGUGAGUUUGUUCUGUAUGUAGUUUGUACCAAACAGAAAAGAUGCUUGAAUAAAUGUGUUAAUUCUGUGGAAGUUUAUUUUCUUUAAGUUUAGGAUUAGAUUUACAGGUCUUACCUUUAUCUUACAUGCCGACUGAUUUGGAUGACAGUUUAAGUUGUUUAAGACGGUCAUGUUAAAUAAUGUUGCAUUUUCUUCUGGUUUUCAUUGCGUUUUGUUUCCUCUGGGGUUCUAAAUAAAAAAAAAAAUGCCUAA